UGCGUGUGAGAGAGUGUGUGCUCUUGUGCUGCUCCUGCAACGCGCUACGUUUUGUGUCUGCACGGGAAUAUCGAGCGAAAGCGCGAGCGAGAAGAAGAGACGGGAAAGCGAGAUGGCGAAGAUAGAGAAAGAGCAAGUCGGUGUGGGAAAGGUUCCUAGCAAUCUUUAUUUAUUAGAAAUUCGCUCCAAGAGUCAAAAGUUUAGUUUGUGAUUGUGUGAGUGCGUGCAGAGAAAAGAGUGAGUGGGUGAUAAAGAAAAGUGAAAAAGAAAUAAGCUCUACACCACCACUAAAGCGCAGCACAGCCGCGGUCGUAUCUGAUUAUCAAGCCAAUAGUAAUCCGGUGAAGUUGCAAAAUCGCCUCGGUAAAGUAUCGUGGCGGGUACCCCGGUUUCUGAAGUAAUACUUAUCUCGAGAGAUAAGGCGAAUCACACGCAUCCUUCCGCGGCGAUACCAAGGAGCGCGCGGCUCGAUUGUUGCAUUGAAAGCAAAGAAAAAUAGAUACCAUGGCCGCCAAUAUCCAACAAAGUGGUAACCUGCUGGAUGUGCUGAAGAAGAAGAUGCGCCAAACGAAGGAGGAGAUGGAAAAAUAUAAAGAUGAAUGUGAAGAGUACCACAAAAAGCUGCAGAACGAAGUGAUGAGGCGUGAGGAAGCUGAAUCAGAAGUUGCCGCUCUGAACCGUCGUAUUCAGCUUCUGGAGGAGGAUCUCGAACGUUCGGAAGAACGUUUGGCUUCCGCCACGGCUAAACUGUCAGAGGCUUCGGCCGCCGCUGACGAGAGCGAACGGAUUCGAAAAGCGCUUGAAAAUCGUACAAACAUGGAGGACGAUAGGGUAGCGAUACUGGAGGCGCAACUAGCCCAAGCCAAGCUAAUAGCAGAGGAAGCUGAUAAAAAAUAUGAAGAGGUGGCCAGAAAGCUGGUGCUCAUGGAACAGGACCUGGAGCGUUCGGAGGAGAAGGUUGAAAUGAACGAAAGCAAGAUCGUCGAGCUUGAGGAAGAACUGCGCGUUGUCGGUAACAACCUGAAGUCGCUGGAAGUCUCCGAAGAAAAGGCAACGCAACGAGAGGAAUCGUACGGUGGCCAAGUUAGAGUAUUGGAUCAACGUCUCAAGGAGGCUGAAGCCCGUGCUGAAUUCGCUGAACGUUCCGUUCAGAAGUUGCAGAAGGAAGUCGACAGACUCGAAGAUGAACUGACAGUCGAACGUGCCAAGAACAAAAUGCUUCAAGAGGAAAUGGAAGCUACCCUGCAUGAUAUCCAGAAUAUGUAACCUAUCGAGGAAGCAGCGCAAUGCCAGAAGAUAUGUCGUCAUUACGCGCUGAGCGUUCACUAGGCAUAACGUGGAAGCGCAGGAAAAGAGUUGUAAACAGACAUCGUUUGGCAUUUCUUCGAUGAUGUACCAUGCCGAAUCCAUCACAAAAAACCGCACGCACGAACUUUCACACAUCCACAUACUCGUUACGUUGUUGAAAUUCACAGACAUCAUGCGAUUGUGCACAUUCGGAGGAAGAGCGUUGAGUAGAAGAGCGCGCAGAUGCAAGUGGUUCGAUUUGCAUUACUUUAAGGGUACUAGCGGAAAGAGGAGCCCUUGUUUCAUUUGUAGAGAAUGAAAAUCUUCUUUGAACAAAAGUGUAGAAGGCAGAGGCAGGCUACGUAGAGAUUUUUUAAACUAAAUCAAAAUGAUGCGCACACGGGCGAUGAAUGUAGAGCAGCAAAACUAAUGCUGCCCGAAAUAUGAAGCAUUUUAAUUGGAUCACUUUAUUGUGAAUUGUUUCUCCAUUGUAUAAAUUUAUUUAGCUUUCCCCGUUAGAAGCAGAGAGCGCAUGCAAACGGUCGGUCCCAAAUGGAGAAUCGCUCGAGAAAAAAAACCGUGACGCCGCGAAUAGAGUGUCGUUUGUCUCGCCUAGUCGUUUGGUUCAAGAUUUAAACUGUCCAGAGUUCGGUGAGAUGCGCGUGGUGUUAUUAGAAAAAAGGAAACACAUACUGCUACAGAUUACCAUUUUAGUACUAUCGUCACAGAGUUUAAGAAGUGAACGGCAAAACCGGUUAAAAUAUCCGUCGAAGGCACCAAAAAAAGACAAUAUUGUUUUUGCAGAAGACGUCAGUUUCCAUUCCAACCACAUAAGGCCUAUGAUGUUUAAAAUGUGGCCGCGAACCGUGUUCAUUGCAUUUCAUACCGAUUCGAGGAACAUUCCAUUGCCAUGCUGAAAAUAAAAUCAAUAUAUUUUUUACGCAUUUUAAACCAACGAGGUUGUGCCUGCAUUUAUGCGGUAUGUUGUUGUAACGGACGCAGUACCGUUUAUUUUCCAUUCAACUCAAGUUGCUACGCGGUCGGCCGGCUCAGUUCGCCCCAAUUUCCCAACUAUAGACAAAAACAACUUUUUUUUACAUAAAUACUUUUGCGUGUGUUUCUUGUCAUUUGCAUUCCAAGAGUUGUGUGUUAAUGUGGAAAUUAUAAGAAGUAUUUACCAGAAGUUAUUGCAGUAGUAGUACGAUGGAUGUUUGUGAAAAGCAAGGAAAAACCAAUCGCUCAUGUUUAUUCUGUCCCCACAUUGUGUAGCGUUUAUUUUAGCUUUUGCGAACUCUUUCCUAUCUAUUUCGGCCGAGCCAAUGUCUUUCGGGCUGGAGCAACAAGGAUCCACAGAACGUAGACCUUCGUAUAGGCGAACCCCGUAUUUAAAUGUUGUGCACAAGUGUUGCACGCUGUUACGACGAACCCGCAGGUUGUUCCGUCGAUAAAAUAUAGCAUAGCCAGGUUUUACGAUCGAGAAAGAAAUAUAUUCAGGAACACUGUUUCCCCCUGUAACGGUAGAAGUGCGGAGCCGUUAGGGCGAAAGAUGCGUAGCAAAACAUUUUAAAUUUUUAAAAUUGUCGCGUUUAAUGCAUCCGUGAACCGAUAGAGGAAGGACGCGUGCCCUCAUGCCUUUCUUAUACAUUUGCUAGCUAAGAGUAAGGAGUAAGCUUUCGGAAAAGACAAUCGAACGAAUGCUUAGAAACGGAACCAUGAACAUUCAACACAUUUACACGUCAAUACACGUUACACACCGUUACACAUGACCCCACGUGGAACGCAGCAUAACGCAAAACGAAAUGCCUCCUUUAAUGUAUUUGAGUGUUUAUAAUAUAUUAUUUUAUCGUAAACCGAGA